AUGAAGCAACCUCCUGCACAGGGAGGCCUUGGCCGAUGCCUCGUCGCAAGGCUGCGCGUGGGGGGGCCCCUAAAGGCAGAGGAGGCGCGAGAUGUAGCUUUGCAGCUGUUGGAGCCUGGUGUGGUGACUCGGGCAAAGGAUGGCACAGCUGUCCUGGCAGCCUUUGCCAGACACGGCCUUUGGAGGGAGGCAUUGGCACUCCUGCAUUCCUUGCGAGGCGGCGCCGGCGUGGACACAGUGCUGUGCAACGCCUGCAUUGCGGUCUGUGGCAAGGCAAGCUGCUGGGAGGUGGCUGCGUCGCUGCUGUGCAGCAUGUCGCUCUAUCGCGUGUCGCCCGAUGUCAUUUCCUUUGGUGCUGUCCUGAACUCACUGGAGAAGGUGGGCGAAUGGCAGCGCUCAGUGCGGCUGCUGUCAGAAAUGGCAAAUGCACAGGUGAAGCCCAACGUCGUAGUGUUCAACUCUGCCAUCAGUGCCUGCCAAAAGGGCAACAGCGAAGAAGCUGCGCUGGCCCUUCUGCAAACCCUGGACUCAGCCAGUGUUGAGCCCGACGUCGUGACUUUCAACGCCGCCCUGAGCGCCUGCCGCCGCUGGGCAAAGGCUAAGGAGCUGCGCAGCGACCUCCGAGAACGAGGCCUUGUUGAAGACAUCUACACCUUCAACUCGCUCCUUUCUGUUGCCGAGCGAUGUCUUCGAUGGGACGUCGCGCUGCAGUUGUUGGAGGAAAUGCCCAGCGCUGACUUGGCCCCGGACGUGGUGUCGUUUAGCACGACCAUCUCCGCCUGUGAGAAGGCCCUGCGCUGGGAGAUGGCCUUGGCACUAUUGGAGGAAAUGAGAGUUCGGAAAGUCGCGCCAAAUGCUUUCACAUUUGGCGCAGCAGCGAGCGCUUGUGAAGCAUGCCGCCAAUGGGAGCGUGCGAUGGCCCUGCUCGCGAAUGCCGGCAGUUUCAGCAUCACCGCCAAUUCCAUCCUGUGUGGCGUGCUGCUCAGCACUUGCGCUCGCGGUGCAUGUUGGGCCAUGGCCAUGGAAGUGCUGCAAGAGAUGCAAAGCCUGCAAAUACCCGCAACGGCUGUGGCUCAGAAUGCAGCACUCGCUGCCUUGGCAGCCACCGGGGUUUGGCGGCAUUCGCUUUCCUUGAUCUCGACUGCAAAAGAGCUUGACUCCGUCGGUCUUGGCGAAGUUGUCAGGAGCUGUGCGGUAGCUUCGAAGUGGCAGCAGGUCCUGCAACUGGGGCUGGAGACGGAAAGUCGCUGGGGGUUUUCGCCCGAUGCUCCCCUGAUUGCCUUGGUGACCGACUCUGCCCUGACGGUGGGUCAAGCUGGUCCCCUCCCGCAGCUGCGCGCAACGGCGCAGGCAGUGCUUCUCAGACUGCCUGACGCACGGACUGCUGCGCGUGUCAAGCAAGCAGACCCUGCUGUUGUAUUGGUGGAUGUUCUGUCAGAGGUUGGCGUGGUGCCCACGAUCUGCAGAGCGGCUUUUGGCCGCUUCAGAUCUGCCGCUCAACGGGGUUUGGCAGCCAUUGUGGCCGAGAGGAAGGCUGUGAACGUUGCCGAGCUCUUGCGUGCACCUGAAAUCGAAGAAUCCUUCAGUCUCGGCGCUGACUUGACGGCCUCAUUCUUCGCGUCGGCUGCAAGCUGGCUUCCGAUGGCACGCCUGGCAACUCGCAGGGCUUCACGGAACUCAGGUCUCGUCGACCAGGCCGAGGACUUGAUGGCUUUGGCCGUGGCAGCCUGGAGCGAGGAGGAGCUGUGCUGCGGUGGCUUUGACGUGGAAACAGCAAGUCCUGCCUCGGCCCCCGAUCGGAAACUCACUGGGGGUUUUCGCCGGAUGCCCAAAGUGCUCCGGCAGAUUCUUUCCUCUAGCGAUGCAGUUGUCACCGGAACGGGCAAAGGCAGAAACGGUGGCAUGUGGCAUGCCAACUACUCCGACUAUUCCUGGAAAUACCAGAGCUACCAGUACUGUUGCACGGGCAAUGAUGCAGAUGGCAACUCCUCAUUACACAUCCCCUGCACCCAAAUCAAACUUACCCGCAAGCACUCCAUCCAGCACCAGCACUCCAUCCAGCACCUGCGGCAAGCAUCCCAACGUCGGCCCCCACCCAAGAGCCCAGCGCAACCUUCCUGGGCGGACUUGUCGGAGGAUCUAACUCCACCGAGCCUGAACGAGGAGUUGCCAACCUUGCUCCCCAAGCCUAGCAAGGGCAACGGGAAGGGAAAGGGAAAGACUGCCAAGAAGUCCUCCAAAGGAACGGGCAAAGGCAGAAACGGGGGCAAGUGGCACGGAGACUACUCCGACUAUUCCUGGAGCCACCACGGAUGCCGCUACUGCGGCUGGCACUGA